AUGGAGUUGGAGUUGCCUAAUCGUUUAUACGGUGAGGGAUUGGAACCUCACGUUAAGAAGAUUAAUAAGAGCUGCCGACUAAAACUUCUCGAGUUGCUGAAAGAAAAAAUGGAGCCAGAAUUCGAUGAAGUUAUGAAAGAUCCCAUUUUUUCACAGAUUAUGGUUAUCCAGAAGAAUGAUCUAAAGUUUUCGGCGAGGUUGGUACGCUCUUUCUUGUGUAAGGAGUUGAUGACAAGCAAGAGACAUGAGAAGUGGUUCACUUUCGCUAGGAGACCUCUGCGUUUUGGAUUGCAAGAGUAUCAUGCUGUCACUGGUCUAAAAGUGAAGCGAGAGAAUAACAGUGGGUUAGUGACAUGGAAAGAUGAUGAUGGUUUUUGGAGCAAGCAGAUAAAGACAAAUGGAAAAAUAAAUUUGCAGAUCAUUAAAAAGAAGCAUUUGGAAGAGAGCAAUACCUGGACUUGGGUUGAUAGGGUGAGACUGAUAUAUCUUUGCGUUAUUAUGGGUGUGGUGAUGGGGAAGGAUGAGAAGGUGAAUAUCCCGCAUAUGUACAUGAAGUUGGCGAUAGAUUUGGAGAAGCUUCAGAAUUACCCAUGGGGUCUGUAUUCGUUUGAUUUCCUUCUGAAGCAAAUUGAUAAAACAAUGCAUAAAUUUGAGCAGAAAGAGGGGUAUCUGAUGGAAGGAUUCUUGUUUGGUUUCCAAAUUUGGAUAAUGGAAGUUGUUCCUGCUUUAGGAGAGAUUUGUGGCACAAAAGGGAUUUUGCAUUCAUUCAUGGAAUCCCACAUAGAUGGAGUGGUCCUUUUGGCAACUGAUUUUGUACAGAAGGAUGAGAAGAAAGAUGAAAGAGUAUAUCGCAUUUUGGAUAUGAUCAAUAGUAAACAUGAUUGGAACAAUCAUGUUUGGGGAGUAAAAGAAGAUACGAACUCUGAAUUUGAGGAAUCUGGCGAAGAGAAAGGAGAGGAUCAAACAGCUGAUACUGAGAGAGGUGAAAAUAGUCAUGUUGCAGGGAAUGUUGAUGGCACAGCUGAUGUUUCGGGAAGAAACAAGAGAAAGCAUGCAGACCGAGGAGCAGAGUCAAGGAAGAAAAAUGUUUUGUGCCACCUAGCUGCUUCAUCAAAAGGGAAUAUUGACAUAGAUAUGAAAAAUUUCUUGGAGGAUCUGGUACAAGCUUCUUUUACUACUUUUGGGGAGAAAUUAUGUCAGCAGUUCUCGGAUAGGUUGGGUAAGAUUGAGACUGAGGUUACACAACUCAGGACAGCUUCGGAGAGAACUGAGCAAUUUGAGACAGUUGUAACCGACAGAUUGGGGAAAAUUGAGGCUGAGGUUACACAGCUCAGGACAACUUUAGUGGUGACUGAAUUGGUGGGAAAGAGUGAUCAAGCAAGCGGUCCUAGCAUGACCAAAAUCAACAGUGGUCCUAGCACCAGCAAAAAAGGCACUGCUCCAUCAAAGAAAAAGGCUGUAAAAAACCAAGAGUUAAAGACUGCUGAUUCGUGUGUCAAUUUACCUCGUGCAAAAGUUACUCAAUCAUCAGCUAGUGAUCUUCGUAUGGGUACACAAGAGUUUUUGGAAAGUUGCAUGAAGAACCUUCCAUUAGACACAUUUGUGAAAGGUUUGAAUCCUUCUCAAGCUAAAGUCGAAGAUUCAUUGGAUUGGUUGGAACUUCCAAAAUCAUUGAAGAAGCCAACAGAUUCAUUGGAACUUCUAAAAUCAUUGAAGAAGCCAGCGGUCCGAUUAGAUGACCGAGAUAUAGAGCUAGACGGCGAAGAUUUCCCUGAUCGCUGCUUGGUGUUUGUGCAUCCUACAGAUUUUAAGAAGAUGCAGGACUGGCAAGAUACAAGAACAGCUAUACAGAUUGGUCCAUCUAUGUUAGACGGUGAUCUAGCCGGACGUAUUAUGUCUGCCAGCAGUUGGCUUAAAAACUACGAAAUUGAUGCUAUAAUGUAUGUUUUUCGGGAAAGAACAACAUUGAAACGAUGGAACGUAUACCGUGUUGCCUUCAUGACAUGCGUCUUCAGCGACCUCAUUCCUAAGGAUUACCAGAAUUUCUGUAAGGGUAUUAAGAAAUACACUAUGGAUCCAUUAUUACUGCAAUACGGUAAAGGUGAACUGCCUUCCCAUGGAAGAACACGGAUGUUGUGGAAUGUUGAUGUGGAUCGGAUGUACGUUCCUGUUUGGGUCAAUUGCAACCAUUGGAUCGCUUUAUGCAUCAGUUUUGUGACUAGGAAUAUCCAGGUGUUUGAUUGCGGGGGUAAAAAAAAAAUCAAGGAAGUGGAAGCUUUCGCGCAGCUUAUUCCUCGGAUUGUCAAGGCCGUGCAGUCAUUGACAAUACAGAAGCAUCUCCACAUCACUCCGUACAAUGUUUCCUAUGUACCUAUGAGUAGUCUUAACCGACUUCAAUGUCAUUGUGGUGUGUACACUAUAAAACACAUCGAAUGCCACGUGCUUGGGUUGGACAUAUCUAUGGUGAGUGAUGAGAACAUCUGGAGAGCUCGGAUAAAGAUUAUGUGGGAUCUAUGGGAAGCAGCUAAUGAUCUAGAACUGAUUGAGAGAAUGUCAAAGUAUGAACCUAUUAAGUAUAGUAAGCCUGUCGAGUAUGUUGAGAUUGAUGAUUUAUGA